AUGAAUGUUGUGAAUGAGGAAGAGUUGAAAGAAAAAGAUGAUGGGGAUAAGAAUGGAAGUGAAAAGAGUGGUAAUCUCGAGGAGCCUUGUGGAUACAUAGAUAUGUAUGAUCCUGAAAAUUGGGACAACAUAAAAAAAGGAUGGACUGAGUGGAGAGAUUUUAUGGUUGUACAAGGUCCUGCGAAAAGAUUGCCAAUAGAUUACAACUUUCCCAAGGAUGGUGUUAAGAGACAUUUCUCUCAUUUGCAUUAUACAAGACAAUUGGGUGAUGAAAAAAAACAAGAUCGGCGUUGGCUACAUUAUUCAAAGAAAAUAAACAAAAUCUUUUGUUUCUGCUGCAAAUUGCUCAGUAAGAGUGACAGUAGUCAAUUGGCAUCUGUGGGGUUCAGCGAUUGGAGAAAUGUAUUGAAAAGGCUUAAAGAACAUGAAUCUGGUCGUGAACCUAUAUUAUGUAUGAAGCAGUGGGCAAAACUAGAUCUCAGGCUGCAAAAGAAUCAGACCAUUGACAAAUAUGCUCAAGAUGAAAUCAACAAAGAGAAAAUCCAUUGGAGACAAGUGCUGCUUAGGAUAAUUUCUGUAGUGAAAACUCUUGCUAAACAAAAUUUAGUAUUUCGUGGAAGCUACGAAAAGAUUGGAGAAGAAGGUUGUGGGAAUUUCUUAAGCUUUAUCGAGAUGAUUGCUGAUUUUGAUCCUGUGAUGAUCGAACAUCUUAGGAGAUUUAAAGACGUGAAUCUCGUACUCAUUAUCUCAUGGCAGAAUUCAGAAUGA